GUCUCUUGCUUUUCUCGCGAGUUCUGGCAACACUGGAUUGGGUUACAAUCACGCAUCCAGAUCUUCAAAUAGCAGCAGCAGCGGACAUCGACACAGCCGCUCGAGUCCGGAGAACUGAAACUGAAAUUCAACCGUUUCUGCAGAGCCUCAGCCGGUAAAACGUGCUACUCAUCCCGGCUCGCGCGUCUUCUAGAGUGUUCUAGUUCACAUGCUGGUUUUUAAAUACAACUGGUAACUUUAACUUUAAACAAGCGGAGCUUGAGCUCUUCAACGUUUACUUUCCGGUUUUUCAACUUCAGACGUGAUUCUACAACGUGUCAACAUGCCUCAGAAGCGGCGCUCGCAGUCGUGGACGGUUCUCAAACAAGCCGGUAACGAGUGCUUCAGAGCCGGUCAGUACGGAGAAGCCGUGAACCUCUACAGCCAGUCCAUCCAGCUGCUGGAGAAGUCUGGUCAGAAGAACAAGGAAGAUCUGGGUAUUUUACACUCCAACAGGGCCGCCAGUUACCUGAAAGAUGGAAACUGCAGUGAAUGCAUUAAAGACUGCACAACGUCUCUUGAACUGGUUCCGUUUGGAUUUAAAGCUCUGCUUCGCCGGGCGUCAGCUUAUGAAGCCUUGGAGAGAUACAGACAGGCGUAUGUGGACUACAAAACUGUUUUACAGAUAGACUGGAACAUACCGGCUGCUCACGAUGGCGUCAACAGAAUGACCAAGGCUUUGACAGAUAUAGACGGACCAUCUUGGAGAGAGAAACUGCCUCCGAUUCCCACUGUUCCGAUGUCUGUGAAAGAAAGCCUGGCGCAAGCUGCCAGCUCGGCCCCCAGCCCACAACAAAACCGCACGAUUGAUAGCAAGAAAAAAGCACCAGGACCUGAAGCUGCUAAAAAGGCCAAGGCUCUGAAGGAAGAAGGCAAUGCGUUUGUGAAAAAGGGCGAACACAAGAAAGCCGUGGAGAAGUACAUGCAGUCACUCGGUCAGGACCCCACAGAGGUCACAACCUACACAAACCGGGCUCUCUGCUACCUGUCAUUGAAGAUGUACAAAGAAGCUAUUAGCGACUGCGAUGAGGCUCUUCGAUUGGAUUCCGCCAACAUUAAAGCUUUUUAUCGACGUGCCCAGGCAAACAAGGAACUCAAAAACAAGAAAUCUGCUAUUGAAGAUCUUAACAGUGUGCUCAAAAUCGAGCUUAACAACACGGCGGCGCAGAAACUAUUGCAGGAAGUACAGAAGAUGAAAUAACCAUGAUUGUACAGUGAGGAAACUUUCCCCAAGUGCCUCGAGCUGAUUUGCCUCUCAAAACUGCAACGUUUGCUACAGACUUUAGAUAUGCACAUCAUAAUGCGAUUUUAAAUCUAGGAAAUAAUUUGAGUGUUCGUGUUCACAUAAGCACAUUUGACCGGGUGUAUUGUCAUUAAUAAGGCAAUCAAGUUUCUUUCUGAAACUCCACCUGUGUGUCUGAGAUCAAACUUGUUCUGGUAGUCACACUUGUUCAUUUAAUUAGUCUUUAAUCGAACGCUAUGUUGAUUUAGCAUGUGAUUUUAAUGUGUCUUUUUCAUUGCACAUAUAACUGACUGGCUCUUUUUCAGACUAAAUUUUAAUUCCCACUUCACUUUAGAUUGACUCAAAAAGGCAGAUAGAAUUAGGGCUGCAUUUUCUACAAAAUGUUUUUUUUUUUUUUUUUUUUUUUUUUUUUUUAUUGUUG